AUGUCGCCAGCACCGACUCUCGAAUCCCCCACCGGGGCCUCCCGGUUGCUGCUGGUCUCCAAUCGGUUGCCGAUUACCAUCAGGAGAUCUGAAGGUGGAAAGUAUGAUUUCUCCAUGUCCUCCGGUGGUCUGGUCACUGGUCUGAGUGGCCUGUCCAAGACGACUACCUUCCAAUGGUACGGCUGGCCGGGCAUGGAAGUACCUGAAGACGAGGUCAAGACAGUCAAGGACCGGUUGAAGGAGGAAUACAAUGCUACUCCCGUCUUCAUCAACGACAAACUGGCCGAUCGCCAUUACAAUGGCUUCUCAAAUUCUAUCCUGUGGCCGCUGUUGCACUACCACCCCGGAGAGAUCGUCUUCGAUGAGAACGCCUGGGAAGCCUACCGGGAAGCGAACUUGAUCUUCGCCAAGACAAUCGCAAGAGAAGCAGAGGAUGGAGAUCUUAUCUGGGUGCAUGACUACCAUCUCAUGCUGCUACCGGAAAUGCUCCGGGAGGAGCUCAAUGCUCUGGGCAAGAAGAACAUCCGGAUGGGCUUCUUCCUGCACACACCAUUCCCCAGUAGCGAGAUCUAUCGUAUCCUACCUGUGCGGUCAGAACUCCUGCGCGGCGUGCUACAUUGCGACUUGAUCGGUUUCCACACGUUCGACUAUGCGCGCCACUUCCUGAGCAGUUGCUCCCAUAUCCUUGGACUGGUCACAACUCCAAGCAGCGUCAAGUUCCAAGGCAAGACGGUGUCGGUCGGUGCAUUCCCCAUUGGAAUCGACCCCGAUAAGUUCACGGAGGGUCUCAAAAGCCCCAAGGUCCAGAGCCGCAUUGCGAGCCUGGAGAACAAGUUCCAGGGCAUGAAGUUGAUGGUCAGCGUUGACCGUCUGGACUACAUCAAGGGAAUUCCCCAAAAGAUGCACGCCCUAGAAGUCUUCCUAUCAAACCACCCCGAGUGGGUGGGCAAGGUGGUUCUGGUCCAGGUUGCUGUCCCUAGCCGGCAAGACGUGGAAGAAUAUCAGAACCUGAGGGCAGUGGUUAACGAGUUGGUGGGACGCAUCAACGGCAAAUUCGGUACUGUUGACUACAUGCCCAUUCACUUCAUGCACAAGUCAGUCAGCUUUGACGAGCUGCUUUCCCUAUACGCAGUUUCCGAUGCUUGCGUUGUCUCCUCGACACGGGAUGGCAUGAAUCUCGUGUCCUUUGAGUACAUCGCAAGCCAGCAGAAGCGUAAGGGGGUGCUGAUUUUGUCAGAGUUUGCUGGUGCUGCUCAGAGUCUGAACGGCGCUCUCGUCGUCAACCCCUGGAACACUGAGGAGCUGGCGAAGGCCUACCAGGAAGCCAUGUCCAUGGACGACAACCAACGGGACCAGAAGUUCGACAAGCUCUACAAGUACAUUACAAAGUAUACAAGCGCAUUCUGGGGCAAGUCAUUUGUAACCGAGCUGGCUCAAUGUUCUUCCUGA